AUGUCAGGACUACCACCACCAAGUGCAAAACCAGCAAACGCGCAAGUUACAGAAGAACCUGCCAUCUCUAACCUCCGUAUCCUCCGCUUCCACGUCAAAGAAAGCGCCGCAGAGAAUGCAUUGCAACAAGCACGCAACACCACAAUUUCCGAAUUUGUGCUACAGAAACUUCAGAAACUUGAAGGUGAACAUCCGGAACACGAUGUCGAUGCGGCGAGGGAGUAUGAGAGAAUGACGAGGUGGAAGCUAAUAAUUGAGAAGGCUGUCAGUGAUGCUAAGCAUGAGGGGUUGGUGGAGUUGGUGAGGAGGAUUGAGGAGCUGAUUGAGGGCCUGACCGUCCUGAAGAAGUCCAUUGACAAGAGCGUGAGACGUGUAGCUGAACAUCGUGAACGCGACGAAUUAGUCAUAGAACUCGCUCAGUCAGGGUUCGAGGCUAUGGAAGAAGGAGAAGAACGAAAGCGCGCGGUGGAGAAGCACGAGUUUAAGAUGAAGAAGAGAAUGUUCGAGUCGUUGGUGGACGCUGCCAUGCAUGACGGCUUACAGAAGUUGACCGGUGCGGUCGAGGAAAUCGUGCGGAAUCAUGUGCCGAAUGAGGCCGAUGCUCAUCAAUCGUAG